GUACCCAAUCACGACGCUAGAAGCGAUUAGCUCAGAUAAGAAAUUAUAGCGAUGAGCUCAUCGUCCCCGCACUUUCCCGUUGCUUACCAACCCUGGUGUCGGUAACGCCUACUGUGAUACCCGGAUGUGGGCGCAUAGAUUACUAGAGGAGUCCGGAGUUUUGAGUCAUUGCUGACUGGUUUUUUGUGAAGACGGGAACCUGCGUUUGGCGUUUCGAGUCGGGAGCCUAUGAAUUUCGUCAAGCUGCUCAGUGAAGACCAACUCGGUGAGGUGACACACUUUUAGUGGUAGCUGGAGAGCCUCUGAGACGGAGGAUAGUGACGAAUCACAUACAGAAGCAGGGCGUGACUCGCACGUGCGCGCGGUUACGGACAAAUACGACUCUGGUGUCAUCGACGUUGGCGGUUUCACUCGCGACCUGAUGGAAGCGGCGCGGUCUGGCAACAUGAGCAAUGUCGACCGUCUUCUCAACACGGGCAUGGACGUCAACAGUCGCAACGUGAUGGGCUACGCGGCGCUGCGCGAGGCGGUCGUCAACAACCACGAGAGCGUCUGCCGCGUCUUGCUCGACCGCGGCGCUCGCGUCGACGACCGCGACGACAUGGGAUGGACGGCUCUACAUUGGGCAGCGACACGAGGCCACGAGAGCAUCGCUUCGCUGCUCCUCGAGCGACGGGCUGACGUGAAUGCCAAGAAUAACGACGGCGACACGCCUGCGCACAAGGCGGGAAGUAAAGGGCACUUGGGUGUGUUGAGGGUGUUGGUGGACGGCGGUGCGGAUUUGUUGAUUGCGAAUGUGGAUGAGAAGAAUGUGUUGGAGGUUGCAGAGGAGAGGAGGAUGACGUUGGAGCAGAGGAGAGAGGUGAAUGAAGUUUCGCCGGAAGAUUACCGGAAGAGGGAGGAGACGGUGAAGUAUAUCCGGACUGUGAGUCGGGAGUCGAGCAGACUCCCAUCUACCGAUUCAACAUCUAGUGCUACUCAGCAGAGUGCUAUCGAAAAGCUGACGGAUGAGAGAAACAUCCUUCGUCAAGAGUUCGAAGAACUUUGUGCUAGAAACACUCACCUUGAAAAGGUACUUCAUGGAAAUCAAGCCGAUCGAGUUCUUCUCGAUGACCAUAUAGAAGAUUUGAUGAGACACCGAGAAUUAGCAGAAAAUCAGCUCGAGGAAAUAUCACAAGUUCAUCGUGAUGUUGUCGAUAAGCUACGGGAAGAACUCGAAAAACGAGACCAGGACGUACGAAUCAUGCAAGACGACUUUGCGAGUUUAAACGAGAUUAAAGUGAAACUGGAAGUUCAAUUGUCGAUACUGAGUGAAGAAGUGCAUUGUCUGAGAGGUGAGAAGUACUCGUUGGAGCAUGACUUGUCUGACCUCAAACUGGAGCACGACAUAUUAAAGGAACAGUUCACUGACAAGCAGUCGCUUCAUCUGGCCAACAACGACCAGUUGAGAGUUGAACUACAAGAAGUGAGAGGAACGGCAACAGUAAAUCAGAUGUUACUUGCUGUACAAAUAGGUAACGCACACAGUGCCAAAACGGCAAGAAACGAAAAAGACAAGAAGCUGCAGACGGCAGAAGCGGAAUACCAAGUCGAAGCGAUGCAUGCGAUAGACAACAUCGAAGCUUUGCAGUCACAAUUGGCUCACAAAGAGAACAAAAUUUACGAGAUCCAAGUCGCCGAAGCACAGAAGACGACUCUCGUCGAACGAUACAGAAAUGAGAACGAAGCGCUGACGGUUGAAGUCCAGCGUCUAACCAAAGAUCUUGAAGACAAACAGAAUGAUCAUGACAGAAUUGUCGAUGAAAUGAGGACAGAGUCGCAACAGAGACAAGACGAGGUGUCGGAAGACUUACGGCUCGCACAAGAACAGAUCACUCAACUGACGCGCGACAUGGAAGUGAUGACGAGACAGAAGGCGAACGCCGAGGCAGCGAUAGUCGAGUUUGAACGCGUUGUUCAACAGUCGACCGACACGUUGAUGAUACCUGAGACGGAGUUGCAACUUACGGGAAAGACAAUCGGAAAAGGAAGCUUUGCUGAGGUGAAGGCGGGUUGCUGGCAGGGCAGCGAGAUCGCCGUCAAGACCCUCCACGCCAACAUCGACUCGAGUUACAAUCGUUCGCUCUUUCUGCAAGAGAUCCUGAUGUGUAGCCGCGUGCGACACCCUCACGUCGUCGCCAUCUUCGGCAUAACGCGUCCGCAGGACGCCACCCCGAGCAUCAUCCUCGAGCUACUCGAAGGCUCACUGGCCGACGUCUUGAGUUCGGCUCACAGCAGCAAUCAGUAUCUCACGUUUCGUGAGCAAGUUGAUAUUUCAGUCGACUGUUUGUCGGGUCUUUCACAUCUACACGAGUUCCAACCGAAUCCGUUGCUACACGGCGAUCUCCGCCCGACGAAUGUGCUCCUGACAAACACGAUGAGAGCAAAGAUAGGCGAUCUAGGAGCCGCUCACUUUUCUGGUGUGUCCCUCUCGCUCGGUCCGGUCAGUCCGGAGUAUCUCGCUCCCGAACGAAGCAUCCUAUUUCGCGGUGGCCACUCGCAUAACACGACGAGUGCCGAUAUGUACAGCAUGGGUGUGACCCUGUCCGAGAUCAUGACCGGAUCGUUUCCCGAUCGUAACUCAAUACAUCGUCAGUUCAGGCGGAUCUCGCACGACCAGCUUCGAGAUUUGUGUCUCUGCAUGACGGACGCAGACCCUCUGCAGCGGCCGACGGCGCGACACGUGCUGGUCGUCAUGCAGUCGUUACGAGACGACAAAGGGUACGCGUCCUGUCCUCCCAAGCGUAUCGUCAAAGGCAAGCGGUACGGAGACCGAGUCGUGUUGACUGAUAGAAUGUGGUAGUCGGGAUUAGUGUGUUAGUGUUGGUAUAAAAGCUAGUGAAUUUGAAGUAUUAAGAUCUAGCAGUUGAUUUCAAUGUUGGCUCUUGUUUUGUGACAAGUCCAUGGGUACUAUGGGCGAUUUGUUUGACGUGGAAUUUGCUAAUAAAAUAUUGUCAGGUAGUGAGAGAGUGA